UUUAGCGAGCGACGCGGUUGUUGGUGCGGAGGAGCAGUCCUCUGCCUGCUUCUGCUCCUGACUCACUGCUGUUCACUCUUGCCGAGGAACAAGUUGGUCAGGAAGCUGCGCCGCAGCCAUGGCAUUUAAAGACACCAGAAAGACACCCGUGGAACCAGAGGUGGCGAAUCAUCGAAUCAGAAUUACCCUUACCAGCUGCAACGUGAAGUUGCUGGAGAAAGUGUGUGCUGACUUGAUCAGAGGUGCAAAGGAAAAGAAUCUCAAAGUGAAAGGACCUGUUCGCAUGCCUACGAAGACUUUGAGGAUCACUACAAGAAAAACACUUUGUGGUGAAGGUUCCAAGACAUGGGAUCAUUUCCAGAUGAGAAUACACAAGCGACUCAUUGACUUUCACAGAAGCCCUUCUGAGAUUGUUAAACAGAUUACUUCCACCAGUAUUGAACCAGGAGUGGAAGUUGAAGUCACCAUUGCAGAUGCCUAAGU